AUGCUGCUCCACCUAUAUAGUCGUGGCGGAUGUUGCAAAUUUACAUACAUAGUCAUUGUUGCUUCCGCUACCAAUGACCUCAAGUCCUAUAAUUUCAUACUCUUCUUCAUCUUUGCCGGCGGCCUGCUUGGCUUUACUCUUGCGCGUCCAAAAUAUCUCGACAUUGGCGGACGUUAUGCCAACGGCACCGGUCCUGGAGAGUGGUUCUAUCAACAUGCCGGCUUCAGGCGUGUCGGCAUCACCCUUCAUCUAGGCACCAUCCUCCCCUGCGGAAUCCUCGUGAUAUUUCAGUUCAUUCCCUCGAUUCGAUAUCGAGUAAUACUCUUCCACCGCAUCAACGGAUACAUCAUCAUCACGUUGUUCCUCAUUUCCAACGCUGGAGCAUUAAUGAUCGCCCGCCAUGCCUUUGGCGGCGGCGUGGAGAUACAAUUUGCCAUAGGCCUUCUGGUUCUAAUGAGCACUGUCAGUGUCGGUAUAGCCUACUACAACAGCCGCCGACUGCAGAUCGAGCAGCAUCGCGCCUGGAUGCUACGAGCCAUGUUCUACAUGGGCAGCAUCGUGACCAUUCGGCCCUUUCUCGAAAUCAUCACGCGAACUGCUGUCAGGCUUGGUGACUACUACGAAGUCUGGUCCUGCGAGAAGAUCAAAUUCACCUGGCAGUUCUACAAGGUUCCUGUCUUCUAUCUAGUCGCAUACCCGAUGUGUGCACCUCCUCCAAACGGUUCAGAGCCACCCCCAGGCUAUAAGCCCGUAGCGAUCGUCCAUCCAGAUAAAAAUGCCAGGGACCCAGCGAGGAUUGGGGCAAAUCUCCACGUCUCAUUUGGAUUGGCAAUGUGGCUUGCGAUGGCCACGCACAUUAUUGGAGUGGAGAUUUACCUACAGUUGACCCCGCGGGAGAACCAACGGUUGCGCAUGGUGAGCUAUAAACGACAAAAGGAGGCUGGGUAUGAGAAUCCUGGGAGCGCUGGUCUUGUUGUACAGAAGAUUGGUGAUGCGGAACCUUGGCUUCCGUCGGUUGAAGUGGAUCAGACAGAGCUAACUGAGAUGCUAAAGUGA